UGGGCGCGCCACGUAUAUCCCAUAACCCGCGAAAAUCAAUUUUGGCGUUUGGAAUUGUUCAUUCGUCCUGUUGCUCCCGCCCUGGCCACAUCUGUUCAACUAGCCCAGUAUUUACCCCCAUUAAUAGUAAUUCACAUCCUCGUCUUUGCAGCUGUAAAGUAGCCCUUCAAAUCACUCAAAAUGUUGUCGAUGCACUCACCAGAUUCCACCGCUAACAAGAUGAAGACCCUGACCAAUAAUAUGCAAAAUUCGAGAAUCAGCGACCAAGAAAACCAGCAUCCAAUGAGGACAAAACAAGUCAAAGUUCUUGGAGACAGCCAAAAGCAAAAUAUUAUUCCCACAACGAAGACCCCAUCGAAAGAGGAGAAAAGGAAAGAGCUGAAGGAAUUUAAGAAAAAGCAGCAAGAUUUGCUACAAGAUGAGCCACUUCUACGCGAGAACCCUCAUCGGUUUGUCAUCUUUCCCAUUCAGUACAAGGACAUCUGGGACAUGUACAAGAAGGCAGAGGCGUCGUUCUGGACGGUCGAGGAAGUCGACCUCUCCAAGGACCUCCCAGACUGGGAGUCCCUCAAGCCGGACGAGAGGCACUUCAUCUCCCACGUCUUGGCCUUCUUCGCCGCCAGCGACGGCAUCGUGAACGAGAACCUCGUGGAGCGGUUCAGCCAGGAGGUUCAGGUGCCCGAGGCGCGGUGUUUCUACGGGUUCCAGAUCGCCAUCGAGAACAUUCACUCCGAGAUGUACAGCUUGUUGAUUGACACCUACAUCAGAGACCCCAAAGAAAGGACGUUCCUGUUCAAUGCCAUUGAGACCCUACCUUGCGUCAAGCAGAAGGCUGACUGGGCGCUGAACUGGAUCAACUCGGACAUGUCCACCUACGGCGAGAGGGUUGUGGCCUUCGCCGCUGUGGAGGGCAUUUUCUUCUCGGGAUCCUUCGCCUCCAUCUUCUGGCUGAAGAAGAGAGGACUGAUGCACGGCCUGACGUUCUCCAAUGAGCUGAUCAGUCGCGAUGAGGGUCUGCACUGUGACUUUGCCUGCCUCAUGUUCAGCCAUCUCGUCCACAAACCCUCAGAGGAACGCAUCAAGUUCAUCAUCAAGGAGGCUGUCAAGAUCGAGCAGGAGUUCCUCACGGACGCGCUGCCGUGCUCGCUCAUCGGAAUGAACGCCAAGCUCAUGAAGCAGUACAUCGAGUUUGUGGCCGACAGGUUGCUCCUAGAGCUCAAAUGCACGAAGAUCUGGAAUGUCGAGAACCCCUUUGAUUUCAUGGAAAACAUCUCUCUGGAAGGCAAGACCAACUUCUUCGAGAAGAGGGUCGGCGAGUACCAGAAAUCGGGCGUCAUGGCGUCCAAAGAGGAGCAGGUAUUCAGGUUAGACGCAGACUUCUAAAUAAAGCACUGAAAUAAACCAGAUAUAAUCCUUAUCCCUGUCUGGAAUGUCGAGAAGCCCUUCGAUUUCAUGGAAACAUCUCCCUGGAAGGCAAGACCAACUUCUUUGCUAUGCAAUAUCAUUUUGGAGAGCGGAUAUGAGUGGGUGUAGAAAAUGACUUAUCGAGAAUCUAUCUUAAUGCAAUAAGUUUUGGACACUCCUUACUCGUGGUGCUUAUUUUUAUCCGAAUGUUUGUCCAAUUUUGUGUAACGUUUUAUACCUCAUUUCUUACAAAAAAAAUUACGAAACAAUUGUGAGUUUUUAUCAAGUGUGUCUGAGUGCGAGUCUUUUGAUAACAAUUUUCAAUUUGAGUAGAGCUGAGCGUUGGAACUGAGCGUUGGGCAGAGACUAACAAACGUCAUGGGCCAAUGCAUGCUGGGAAAACCAGUACGCAGGGCAGCUUUCGCGUUUGUUUCGUUUGAACAAAGAGAAACGUGAGCAACAGGGAACACAUACUUAUUUAUCAAUCCUGUACAAAAAGAGCAUGUUUUACCAAAGUCGGACACUUUUUGAAAUUUUUAAUAAAAAAUAGUUUAAAUAGACGUGUACAUUCCAAUCGUACCUGUGACCUUAUGUUACAAAAAAAACAAAAUCUGUCCGAACUUUACAUACUCUAAAUUUGAGGUUACAAACAGUAAUGUAGAUGUUUUCCUAAUAGUGCCUUCGUAUUGUAAAUGUUAACUUGAUAUGUUAUAGUUUUAUUGUAAAUAUCAGUCUUUGUGUAGCGAUUUUAUAAAGUUUGAGUUCAUACUGACCAGCAAAUCCACUGCCACAACGCAAAAUAUUACAGCAGACGAAAAACAUACAAAUCCUAGCUUGAAAAUAUUGCUCUAUUAGUUGUUUACUUUGCUUCAGUAGUUCUUGUACAUGUAAACUUUUGAUAAAGGCUGGAUAUCGGGACCAAAACUGAAUAUUAUUGCUUUUUGAUAAAUUUGACAUUUUUUUAUUGUGUACUUCAUGAAACUUUUGUAUCAUGCAUUUUAUUUGUACUCAAAUUUCUUUUUAAAUGGUAGUGCCGUUUGUGCCUUAAUACUGAAAGUAGAAAUUUUAAACCAAUAAUUA